AAGUUUCUUGCUAAUGAGAGCAAGUUAUAAGCAAUAGUUUCUCACACACAAAAAGUUAAGAGAUAUUAAAUUAAAAAAAAAAAAAAGGGGAACAAGAGGCGAGAGAGCGAGAUAGAAUAAAGAGGCUCCAAGAAAUCUAUAUAGAGAGAGAGAGAGGGUACAGCAUAGAAUUCCUCCAAACUGGAUAAGCAGGAUUAGAGCCGAUCCAAAAGGACGACAGCAAAACUAGCUGCUGACACUGACACCGACAACAAGCGACAAAGUCAAAGAUGUUGAGCUCGCUGGACGCGCUGGCUGGUAAGAUAGCCACCGCCACGCCCGGCACCGGUGCUGUGACGGCGGACAGCAAGAGCAGCCAGUCGCUUCUUCAUCAUCAUCAUCACCAUCACCAUCAUCACCAGCAUCGCAUCGACUAUGAGUAUUCGGCGGUGGAGAUUGAGCCGCCGGCCGAGCAGUUGGCCAAUUCGCCGCGGAGCGAAAGAGAGCGACUGCAGCAGGCGCAACAGGCCUAUGAGGUUCAGGCCCAGGCCGAGCUGGACUUUGGCCUCGCCGAGGUGGAUCCCAAUGCCUGCCACAAGCUCACCCAGCUAAAGGUGCGGGUCAGCAGUCAUCAACCGAUGCAGCAGCAGCAGCAGCAGCAGCUUAGUCACAGUCAGCAGAGUCAUCAUCAUCAGCAGCAGCAGCAGCAUUCAGUGAAUAGAACCCUCCAGCGGCAUCAUCAUCAUCAGGUCCAGUUACAUCAUCAUCCCUAUCAGCGACCAAGGACCUCCUCAUCCCCGCCACCGCAACAGCAGCAGCAGCAGCAACAAUCGUCCUACCAGCAACAGCUCUCCCAGCUGGCCGCUCUGCAGGAUCACCAUGAGCUGCUGCAAUCCCAGCAGGAACUCUUUCACAAGCAAUUGGCCAAUAUGCAGGAGUUUCAGCGUGAACGGGAGCGUGAACGGGAACGGGAGCGGGAACGUGAACGGGAACGGGAAAGGGAGCGAGAAAGGGACCGGGACAGGGAGCAGCGUAACAACUUUAUUGAGACCAGCGAUUACGAGGACUUUAAAAUUCGUCUCAGGGAUAG